AUGGUUCGCAUCGACGCUGUUGCCCUUGUGGCCUUUGCCACCUACACCUUCUCGAUGCCCCUUGAUUCCCAAGCUCGCGGUGGCCUGGAGCCUUCGCAGGGUAGUGAACCCCCGAACGACAGUGGUUUCCAGCUUGCGGCACCUCCGAUGAAAGCUGGAAAUUCCGAUGUGAACAGCGGUGGUCUUGAAUCGUCUUUGGGUCAGGAUGCUGGGAUCUCUGGAAAUCCCGUGAACAGCGGUGGUCUUGCAUCGUCUUCGGGUCAGGAUGCUGGGAUCUCUGGAAAUCCCGAUGCGAACGGCGGUACUGAAGCGCCUUCGACUGAGGAGACGGAUCUGGUCACUCAACUCCAAACUUCCAUCAAAGGAGCUCUUAAAGUGCUUCAACAGCUAAAGACUGAAAGGGGGUCCCAAGGGGAGUCCGAAGUGCCCGGAGAGGGGUCCCAAGGAGAGUCCGAAUUGCCCGGAGACGGGUCCCAAGGGGAGUCCGAAGUGCCCGAAGGGGGGCCCCUUGGAAGUUCCGGGCCCGGUCUUGGCGGCGUGGGAACCAAUACCCCAGUCAAAGGCAUCGAAAAUGGACAGUAG